AGUCUUACUCCGGCUUUGAAUUAAAGCAGAGAGAUCAGGAUGGGGUACUCGGACUCUGAGGAUACGUCCUCAGAGACGGAUACUAAUAGUUACAGGGACAAUGAGCCUAUUCUUCCUCCAGUGAGAAAAUGGGAUUCCUUCCGGGACGAUGUUCCAGAUCAGAUUACCGGAGGCUCAGGGUCGGAGGCAGAGAGUUUGUUGAUGAAAAAUGGAGAGAAAAUUCUACUUUUCGCCGCUUACACGGUGACAUUUGUAAUUGUUUUCUGUGCCAGUGUUGUAGCAAGAGGAACAACAUUCUUCAUGAUAUCCCAGAUAUCAGCGACCAAGAGAACUCCUUUACCAUUUUGCAACGAGGACGGUAACACUGGCAUAUUUAUCACAGAUGCUAUAGAAAAAGAUCUGGAGGUAGAUUUUAAUUGCGAUACACUAACAGGGCCGGAUAAAGAUGAAUGUGACAGAAAUUUGGGUUACGAACGUUCAAGAUGGAUUUGGUGCAUUUUCUUUGCUUUUGCUGCACCUAACGUUGGGGCAUUCUCGCGUUCUCUUCGAGUCUGGUUGUUUAAAUUUCAGAAAAUGCCAGCAUUGAAAACCUUUCUAUUUGUUUUUACCAUGGAGAUGUUUCAUGUGAUUGGUUUAGCUCUCCUUGUGUUCCUUGUCCUUCCUGAGAUGGAUGCUCUGAGAGCAAUGGUUCUUUGCUCCGGGAUUGCUCUGAUCCCCUCGAUCCUUCUCAUGUUUACAAGAAUACAACGUUCUGAGGGUAAAACAACAGUACACUGGAAAUACUGGAUAUUUGAUGGCCUGGCGGUUUUAGCUCAAUUGUCUGCUGCAACUCUAUGGCCUGUUUUUCAAUAUACUAACAACAGCACAUCACAGUAUCCUAAUUCAUGGGCUAUUCCAGUAUCUUUGGUUCUAGUAUCCUGCUCCUGGUGGGAAACCUAUGCUGGAGAAAACUUUGGAUUAAGAUGGAUGUGGGAGAUGAAGAGAGAAAUGUUGGAGAAGAGUAGAUACUACACUUUCCUUAUCAUCGCCCCUUUGAAAAUAGCUGUGUUUUUUGCAACAAUGGUUUUAGUCACAUACUUCAAUGGAUCAGUCACAAACGGGAAUGAAAGCCUUGUUUACAGUGAUAUAUUCUUCAAGAACUUUCUUACCAACUUUGGAAAUCAUACAUAUAGUGUGAGAGAGGUAGAGGAAGAAAGCAUUUCUGAUACAAAUUUUGAGAAUGGAUUAAGUGAAAAAGCGUUCUAUCAAGUUCCACUUAACGAUAACAUGGAUGCUGUGUUUGUCUUGUUGAUCCAAAUAUUCUGUGCUUUCGGAGCUUACAUAUUGUCUAAGUUUGCAAGCAAGGUUCAGAUCCAAACAUUUAGCUUUGCGAUUCCUAUUUCUCUGGUGAUACCAUCCUGCAUUGCCUUACUUCUAGCCGGUUGUGCAGGUAGAGCUGAUGAUAAAUGUGUUUUUAUUUCCUUUCUCCCAAAUAAUCUUUUCUUCGAAUGUCCUAAACUAGCAGGCUUUAUCUUCAAUGCUUGGGAAGAAGAUACUUGGGUUUUCAUAAUCUGGUUUUUAUCAUUUCUGUGGACAACAUUUCACAUCUGGUAUCCUAGAAGCAACAGACUAGCUUCAACAGAACAGAUAUUCGGAACUCCAUGGUAUGAAGGUUUAUUAAUUGAUCAAACCUUGAUGCUGAACAGGAGAAAGGACGGAAAUCAAGAAAUGAAAAUUGAAGAGCUUCAGGAGUAUGAACUAGGUGAUAAAGAGGAGUUGAAAGAAUUUUAUGAAACCUUUCCAGAGAAUGAAGAUGAUUCAAAGCAUAGCAAUGUCAAGAAAGCUGAUACAAUUACUAAAAUCUACGCUUGUGCAACUAUGUGGCAUGAAAGUGAAGAAGAAAUUAUUGAAAUGUUAAAAUCUUUGUUCCGUAUUGAUAAAGAUUACUCUGCUCGUCGGUGUGCUCAGAAGUAUCUAGGUGUAGUAGAUCAGGAUUACUAUGAAUGGGAAACCCAUAUUCUAUUUGAUGAUUGCAUGGAGGUUGGAAACAACCCUGAGGAGGCCCAGGUUGUUAACAAGUUUGUCCGUCUUCUGGUGGAAACAAUGAAUAAAGCAGGAACAAUGGUUCAUGGAAGGAAGAUGAAGACUAAACCUUGUAAGAAGUUUCCGACACCCUAUGGAGGAAGACUGGUUUGGACUCUACCUGGGAAAACAAGGAUUGUUUGUCAUUUAAAGGACAAAGCAAAGAUUCGGCACAAGAAGAGAUGGUCCCAAUGCAUGUACAUGUACUAUCUUCUCGGCCAUAAACUUAUGGAAUUGCCUAUCAACGAUGAUAGAAAGGAAGCAAUGGCUGAAAACACUUAUCUCUUAGCUUUGGAUGGAGAUAUUGAUUUCCAACCCCAAGCUGUUAUCCGACUAGUAGAUUUGAUGAAGAAGAAUAAGACUGUAGGAGCUGCUUGUGGUCGAAUUCAUCCUACAGGAAGCGGAUAUAUACCUUGGUACCAGAUAUUUGAAUAUGCAGUUGGUCAUUGGCUUCAGAAAGCAACCGAACAUGUGCUUGGCUGUGUUCUCUGUAGUCCUGGAUGCUUCUCAUUGUUCAGGGGGAAAGCUCUGAUGAAUGAUAAUGUGCUGAGAAAGUACACAACGGUCUCCACCCAGCCCAGACACUACGUACAGUUUGAUCAAGGAGAAGAUAGAUGGCUCUGCACUCUCCUACUUCAGAAAGGUUGGAGAGUAGAGUAUUCAGCUGCUAGUGAUGCUUUUACAGCCUGCCCUGUCACCUUUGAGGAGUUCUUUAACCAACGGCGAAGAUGGAUGCCUUCAACUAUCAUGAACAUUGUUGAUCUCCUGGGAAGCUACAAGAGUGUUGUAAAGAAUAAUCAGGAUAUCUCUACUCUGUAUAUAAUUUACCAGGGAAUGUUGAUGGUGAGUACAUUUGUUGGACCUGGAGCAAUUUUCCUGAUCCUGGCUGGAUCCUUUAAUACAGUCUUCAAGAUGGAUAUAUGGGAUGCAAUCAUAGCCAAUGGUAUUCCUGUAAUACUGUUCAUGUUAGCCUGCUACUUCCUGGAUCAAAAGAUUCAACUCUCCUUUGCUAAGUUACUGACUAUUGGAUACAUUCUUCUCAUGUUGGCUGUAAUGAUAGGAAUUUUUAUACAGAUCGUUGAAGAUGAUUCUUGGCUGUCUCCGACUGCAAUAAGUUUUCUAUCCGUCUUUGCCUCCUUCUUCUUUGCUGGAGCGUUGCAUCCCUACGAGAUAGGUUGCCUUCCCUAUCUUCCUAUUUAUUACAUCACUAUUCCUUCCAUGUACCUUCUCCUUGUCAUCUAUUCUCUGUUCAACCUGUGGGAUGUAUCCUGGGGAACCAGGGAGGUGGCUGAGAAGAAAACCAAAGCUCAGAUGGAGGAAGAGAAGAAGAAUGCCGAGGAGAUUAAGAAAAAUGUAAAAAAUGAGGGAAUGCUGACAAAUCUUCUGACUCAGUUCCAUCUUGAUGGGAACGGAGGAGAGAGUGGUGGAUUAGAAUUCAGCCUGGCAAACCUGUUCAAAUGCAUGUGUUUCACUCACGAUGAUCCUUUAGAUCCAAAGAAGCAGCUUGUAGAGAUUGCAACCUCCCUGGAGAAGGUGAACAGUCGUCUUUCAAACAUUGAGCAUGCUCAAGAACCACUAGGGAUGCCCCGAAGAUCAAGCUUCUCCAGGUCUAGAAGAAUGACAGCGGUUUCUGAAGCCAUUGAGGAGGAUAUUGAAGACUUUGAAUACCAGUCUCAGAUGACUGAGGACACUGCCAGUGCAAUGAAUAACUUUGAGGAAAACAAGAUAGAACGAGAUGAUUCUAAAAAUCCAUAUUGGGUUGAAGAUUUCUAUCCUGACCAACCUGAGCUCGGAGGAGGACCAGUUGAUUUCCUACCUGGAGCUGAGAUUGUAUUCUGGAACGAACUGAUUAAAAAGUAUCUUACUCCUCUGACUAUGAACAAAGCACAGAAGGCUGAACAAGUAAAGAAUUUGAAGGCGUAUCGAGAUCAACUUAUUUUUACUUUCAUCAUGGCAAACUUGAUCUGGGUGCUGGGAAUCACAUUGAUGCAACAGAACAAGGAUAUCAUGUCGAUCGACUGGUUUUUUGACAAGAGAUACAAUGUGACUUAUGACCCUGAGGCAGAGCAAGGUCCAGAGAUAACGAUUAUGAGCACUAGCCUCUCCCUUGAACCUAUUGGAUUAUUCUUUCUUCUUGCUUUCCUUGGUAUAAUGGUUCUACAGCUGAUUGGAAUGGUUUUACAUCGAUGGACAAACUUAUGUCACACUAUUGCCACGACUAAGCUGAACUGGUGUGAGAAGAUUGAUGAAGAUUUUACGGAGGACGGAGAUCUUGAUAUUCAAGCAGUCAACUAUGCCAGGGAAUUACAGAAGGUGGAAACAGAAGCUCAUCAGGAAAUGCUGAAUGUAAACCGAAGAAAUACUGUGCAUCAGCUGUCUAGUUACCACAAUAAGAUGCAAGGAGGAGAGGGAGAAGAGAUAAAUUUGGAAAGACAGUUCAGAAACAGGUUGAACUCAACAGCAGAAUUGGAUGGAAUUGCUUCUAAGAUGAAGAUGAGACGUGAUACCCUGGCAGCUCUGAAGAAGAGAAGGGAUUCCUUUGUAACUAUGGAGAGAAGAAGGAGUACUGUCCAUUUUGCCAGAAAAUCAAUGUCUAGUCAGGGUAUAGCAAACUCUGGAUUCGACUCCGACUUCGGAGAUGAAGAGACUGACAUCUCCGGAGCCUCAACCUACAGAGGUUCGGAGCUAGGACGGAACAGUCUUCAGUUCGAUACAUACGUUGCAACUAGUCAAAUGUAGCAGAUGUUCUUGUAAAUCUAGUAUUUAUCUUAUAAAAGUUUUGAUUAUUCGCACAAAGACAUCUAUUUAUACAAUACAUAUAGAUAAAAAA